CCCGCCCCUGGCUUUGCAGGACGUCAGCGAGGACUGCAGGGGCCUGAGCCUCUGCCGCCGCCUGCAGCCCCGCAGCCACUCCUGGGGCCCGGUCACUAGUGCAGUCUCCAAGGGUCUCUGCCGUCAGCGUCGUCUCAGCUCGGAGCGGUCAAGAUGGCGUCGGCCACAGAUUCGCGCUAUGGGCAAAAGGAGUCCUCCGACCAGAAUUUCGACUAUAUGUUUAAGAUCCUGAUCAUUGGGAACAGCAGCGUGGGCAAAACCUCCUUCCUCUUCCGCUAUGCUGACGACUCCUUCACACCAGCCUUCGUCAGCACGGUUGGCAUAGACUUCAAGGUCAAAACCAUCUACCGCAACGACAAGAGAAUCAAACUGCAGAUCUGGGACACAGCUGGGCAAGAGCGGUACCGCACCAUCACCACAGCCUAUUACCGGGGCGCCAUGGGUUUCAUCUUAAUGUAUGACAUCACCAACGAGGAAUCCUUCAAUGCAGUGCAGGACUGGUCGACUCAGAUUAAAACUUACUCAUGGGACAAUGCCCAGGUGCUGCUGGUGGGAAACAAGUGUGACAUGGAGGAUGAGCGAGUGGUGUCUUCAGAGCGUGGCCGGCAGCUCGCUGACCACCUGGGGUUUGAGUUUUUUGAGGCCAGCGCCAAGGACAACAUUAAUGUCAAGCAGACCUUUGAACGCCUGGUGGAUGUGAUCUGUGAGAAGAUGUCGGAGUCGCUGGAUACCGCUGACCCUGCAGUCACAGGCGCCAAGCAGGGCCCUCAGCUCACUGACCAACAGGCACCUCCUCACCAGGAUUGUGCCUGCUGAGCCACACCCCCACCAGGGGCAAGCCCCCAUCCCACCCCCCUAUUUAUUAUUGUAGCUAUUUAUUUAUUUACCAUCUGAGGACUUCCCUGGGUGCAUCCCCCAUCCCGCCCUGCACAUUUGCCCAUCCCUGCUCUGCUCUGUUGUGCUGUGGUCACUGUUCCCCACCUCAAGACCUCUCCCUUUUAGUUUUGUAAACCACCCCAUCCAGCUGUCACUGUAAAGAGGGGACCAGAUGUCACUUGGAAGCAGGCUGGCAGGCUGAUGGGAGAUGGCAGGGCCUGCCAGCCCCAAGGCUGGUGGAUUGCCAUAUGGACCACUGGGCUGACACAGGUUGGAGUCCUGCUUGCCUGGGCCCUCUGCCCCGUGCUACUUGACCUUUGGAGUAGGUGGGAUAUAUUUACUUCCACUACUUUGGGAUAUCCCCAAACUUGUUCUGAUGUCAUGAGUGUCAAACGUGACCCCACUUCCCUAGAAGUUAUGAACACUACACAGUUCAAUAAAGCGAAUGGACCUUG